AUGUCUUUCAAUCACGGCAAAUACGCUGAGCCUCUGCAUAACAGCAGGCUCUCAUCACAAACUCGCAAAUCCGCAGUGCCUCGACAUGCCUCCUAUCUUUCAUCAAGACGCCACACAGGGACAGACUGGGAAGACUGGGAAGAUGACGACGUCGUUACAUUAAUAGACAUUGGCGAGACCCCCGCUGGCGAAAAUUCGGACCACCAGAAACUCUUCACAAACAGCCCAUUUUUAAACAUGAACGCUAGCAGUUCGGCCAUGACUACCCGCAGCCCAUCUCCUCUAGAAAGCGACAGCCUCUCUGUAAGCUCCAAUGAAGAGGUUUCCCCCAUCGAAGACGAUGUCCAGACUGGCCUCCAAGCCCCACCACCUACGCCGGCCUUGUUCCUCACCAAGGUUGCCAAACAUCCAAGUGUCAAGGUAUCCAUGAGACGCUCGACAGCUAGAAUUAGCCGGCCGGUGUCAAAGAGGCCUCCGAAGCAGCGGAACGCAAAGCUUGGAAUCACGCUGAUCACGGACAUGACAAAGCUGAGGCGACAAAACCACUUGGCUAAUCAAGCAAAGUCACCGGCAAGGCGAAACGCAAAAUUUGCCGAUGCAGCUGCUCUAAGAGCCUUGGAGGGGUCUCCCAACCCGCAGUCUGUUGGGAACUGGAACUGGCUGAGGAGAGGGAACAACGGGGAUCGUGAGGCCGCAUCCCCUUCUCCUCUUCGAGCCAACGAGGCCCAGUCUCCCGAACAGCUCUCCCCAGAAGCUAGACCGAUAGUCAUCGGCAUUACUCUGCCUUCUGAUGAGGUUGAAAGCCGAGGAAUCGAUCCGCUUACGGCGACGGUCAACAACAUUGACACUCCGAGCGGGGACAUGAGAAAUCCAUAUCCUUUCAAUUUCCAGACAGCUAAUGACCGCGCAAAUCCCCCCUCAAUUCCUACUCAACUCAAAUCAAUGUGGUCUCCAGAUACCCCUGAUACCGCUAGCUCGUUUAGCACAAUCAGAUAUCCGUCAAGCGUGUACUCGCAGGCAUCUAUGGCGGCAAUUAUUGCGCCUGGGUUGAGAGAUGAUGAAGUCCCCCCUGUUCCCGCUCUUCCGGCCGGUUACAAACAGACAACAUCGGCAAUACCACAGCGACUUAUUGGCACAGAACAGCGUAAGAACAAGGACGAGGAAGAUGAUUCAGGGACACCUUGCACGCUUUUCGAAGAGGAUGGAGUCACGCCCUUGAAAUCGCCCGCAAGUAAACUAUCUGCGCGCACUCCUGAUAGUGUGCGUGGCUGGUGGGAUCACCAUUUAGUUACCCCGUUUUUGGACAUGAGAAUGUCUUUUGCGAGCCGAAGAACGCAGAUGGAAUCACCUUUGGACCAGAGGGGGCAUCAACCCGCCAAAGGUACAGACAACAAAGGAGAACAGAGCUCUGCGCUGACUCCAAAAAGCCCUUGGAGAACUAUGAUUUCAAAGCCCGACACGAAACAGAUCUCUCCGUCUGUAGAAAAAGAUGAAGGCCAAAAUUCUACAAACGUCGAUAUUGAAGGCGGCCGUGCCAUCCUAGGAUUAUCCAUGCUGGAAAGGCAACGAGGCCUGUCUACGUUUUCUCCUGACUCUGACUUGUCGAGGCACGUUGAAGAGAAGAAUUCAAAUACAUUUCAAGGCGUUUCCAAGGUAGAGGAUGACAACAUCAUGAUUACCCUUGAAACGGAGGAGAAAAAAUCACAGUCUGACAAGUCCCGUGCUGUGAAUGAGAGCUCAACACUCACAACUCGGUCUGACAAUUACCAGAACUCUUCCUCAGAAUUUCAUGAAAUGAUCUCUUCAGAGACAUCGAAAUCUAAAGAAACACACACCUACGAGUUUGUAUCUACUGAGAUCAGAGAUCGUCAAAUGAUGCCCACCGACUCUCAACCAAAGCACGAACAGAAACGUAACCUUACGCCUCCGCCCAGACCUCAGCGACAAGAAGUUCAGGCCCCAAUCAUCAAAGCACCAACACCUCGACAGACUCCACCACCGAGAGAGGUUGGGAUGCGGGAAGGCUCUGAGCGACCGAUCGUCGUCCACAUUGAGAUCAAUACUGGCCAGCAGCCGCAGAAGUUUGUGGUAGAUCGUGUUGGCUUGAAUUCUACACCGACUAUAAAGAUCCCUACGCCACGGCGGACUCCGUCGCCUCGAGGAGAUGUCCUCAAGGUUAAUGUGGCUGCUGAAGCUGCGCGAGGUGCUUUUGGACACCAUGAAGCGGGUACGCGUGAGAUGAUGCAAGGCCUGGGGAUAACCCAUUUGAGGGCAGAUACUCCCCCUGCGCCUUCAUCUAAGAAGCAGGCUGAAGCUGCUAUUAAGUACCAGGCUGUCUUCCCGCCUGGCCAUCAUCUGCAUACUCAGGAUCCCCAGACAGAAGCGUCUCGUGGCGUCACAUCGGCACCGGCACCAGUUGCAUCGGCGAUGACAACCAUACCUGCCGCUUACACUGCCCACAUUGCCCACGCUGCAGCCCCUAUCGCAGCAUCGACAACAGCUGCACCAACCAUGUCGGUAGCAGCAGAGAUGGCAGCGCCUGUUACUUCGCGGGUAGCUGGCCAUGAGGCAGAUGGAGCUACUGCGGUCUCUGCUGGCAUACUGUCCUCACAGGUCUUGCAUCGUCUUGAAGAAGCCGAGAGAUCUAGAAAGGAGGCGAGCAGUAUUACGCACGAAGCGUCGACCACAAAUCGGUCUGGUGGUGGCUCUCUAUCUACACGUCACGCCGAGGAUACUUCUGCCAACGUGUCUCGAUCUGUGGGAGUUCAGCUGCUAGCACAUGAGCGAGAGACACAAACUUCUACUACACAUCCCACUUCGGAGCAUCACAGCCGUUUUUCUGUAUCACCAACCUCAUCAAAAUCACCUGAUUCAGAGCGGAAGGCUCGAGUGGGCUCAGGACACGUGCGGGCGGCGAGCAACUUUGUGACGUCGGUUUUGAAUCGGCAGCGCUCUCCAGUUGAUCAUCGCCGGGGCGAGACUCGCGCUAUCCAGCCGGUUGAUAUAGUACUAGAAGAACGAAGAGCGCCUGAGGUGUUACCAGCGGCCCCGGAGAGAGCCUAUCUAACAAUAAACGAGAUUCCUUCUGGAAAGAAGACCUGGAUAAGGGUCGAUUCUCCUUCCCUAGAGCAAGGAUUCACUGAGCCAUUACCAGCACACUCUGCUGAAGCGUCACAUGGUGAGCGAAGAUUGGGCAAAGAUGGCAAGAUUGAGCGGAAGAGAGUGCGGCAUGAGAAAGAAGAAAAAAUUGUAAAACGAGCUGGUGGUCUCUGGAGGGGCCGAGGUUGUGUCCCAAAAAAAGGCUGCUUUGGCCGCUCUGGACCGGAGGGCCGCAAGAAGAGAAGAAUCUGGUGCUGUAUCAUAGGAUUCCUCCUGCUUCUCCUCACAAUCUUGGCGAUUGUUCUGGGCGUCGUCCUUUCCAAGCAUCAUGGAUCAGGCGGCCAAAGCUCGAAACCAGCUCCAGGACAGGCCCAGUCUCCCUCCUCAUCUCCGUCGACCCCUUCAGCACCUUCUCCGCUACCCUCAUCUAUAUGGGUCAAUCUCACGGAUUAUCCUGCCAUGCCCACCGGUGUGUUGACCUUUGUUGGUCCAAACAACACCAUUGCCAAGAGCGACUGCACGGAGCCAUCUACCUUGUGGAGCUGCUCCUUGCCCAAGGAUUCCCAGGCGUCUGUGUCGCCAUUUAAGCCUAACCAGCCAACUAUUAUUUUCCAGAUCCAAUGGGAUAACAGCACAGACAAGGCAUGGAAUAUUCCCAACGGCGCUCCACCCACUCCUAUUUCCAAGAGAGGCGAGAGCAACGGCAACUCUUCAAUAGAUGGAUUCAUUCCUGAUCCGAGCCCGCCGACAUUCGACGAGAUGUUUUUCCUGGGCGAAACCACGGAUAACAUUCAAUCGAGCCAAAAGGCUGGAGAACCAACUCCUUUCUUCAUUAGUAUCCUCGAGUCUCUGAAUGAUACGGUUAAGUCGCCGUCUUUGAGCCGAAGGGUCACCACUGCCUCGGAUAUUGUAAACAUUUCGGAUAUUAUCUUCCCACCAGACUUCAAAGCAGACGGCACUCCAGCGCCUGCUGUAAUGCUUCCUACCCCAGCUCAACAACCGGUUCGGCUAUUCGAUCGGGGCCUACCAACCGAGCAUUAUGGGUUCUAUACGUACUUUCAACGCACAAUCUUUCUCAAGUCUGUCGCUGUUCUCAAUAAGUCGAGUGAUGGAAACGUACCGGCAGAUGAAAACGGUGGCUGCAGCGAAACAGAGGCCAACCAUCUAGUUACCUGGGCUGAGACCCGUAUGUUGGUGCAGAUUUGGACACGAAAACUGAAUAGCACAGGCUCACUGCUGUCUUCGGAUGGUCAAGGUAUUGGUAACUCACCUCAGCUGAUCCAGCCGGGAACAAUGCCAUAUCCUGUGACAGUGACGCUGGACACUCACGGCGGUGACCCUGACCACAAGGUGGUGUGGGAGUGGCCCAUGGAUGAUCGCCAGAAGCUGAAUACAAGCGCUCCUGAAUUACUUGCCAACAAUAUGGCUGCUGGAGGAACUUGGAUCAACCAUCGUGGUAGCGGCAAUGCCACGUUUGGAGGCUUCGAUGGAGGCACUGGAGGGUGCAAGUGCCAAUGGGCGAAUUGGUCGUGA